AUGGUAUUCUGCACCGAGGACGUGACCACCGGAGUGAAAGAUGCUAUCACUUAUUGUUGCAGAUGCAAAGGCAAAAAAGUUGCUCUCUCUGAACACGAAGACAAUGAUGAGAAGCUUAUCGGAGACUUGGACUACAACUACGACCACGAAGUUGUUGUUUACCAGAUCAGAAGUCGGGCGAUGGAGAAACUAAGGCAGAAGCCAAGGAUAAGCAUGGAGAAGAGACUAACUUACGAAACCAUUGAGGAAUGGAACAUCGAAAAGGAAGAAGGUGUCGAGUUUUGUUCGGUGGGAAGCAGUUUUUCGGAAUGUUGCUCUAGCGAACUGAGCAUUGAAGGAUAUAUGACGGCGAAAACAGAGUUCUCGAGGUGUUCGAGCUUGAAAGGUGCAGAGUUGGAGAAUCAAUGGAAGAUGUAUUAUGCGAAUGAAAUCAGGAAAAGAUCGGUGAUUCAAGAGUUGUGUCAUUGCCAAGGCUGGCCGUUCGGUUUAGGAAGAAAAGCGGCGUUGCUUCCGCCGCUACCAAAGUCUCCGGCAGAGUCUUGGUCAUGGAGGAAACCCAACAGAGUUUCUCCACUUCCUUUUAUUUAA